CUAGCGGCGGCGGAGGAUGCGCGGCGGGAGCGGGAGCUCGCUCGCGCCCGCCCGCGCGGCGCCCCGCGGUCUGACAGCUGGCCUGGGCUCAAAGCUGCCCUGAGAGUGGAUUGUGUCUUGUCAAGCACUUCAGGAGCCGAGGAGGGAGCAGUGAACCCAGAAGAGGAGAGAGUUGCCUAUGGCUUGCCUCCUGCCUCCCCCUUCCCCCCAGCGAGCUGUGUGGUGCCAGGGGAGUGGAGAGCAGAGUGCCCACACUGAGCUGGCACUUCGGGAGUGAGGCCAAGGAGUGCCUGCCCCAGGGGCUCUGCUGGCUGCCACCUCGCAGUGGAGACUACCAGCUCCUGCCAGGCAGAUGCCUGCAGGGGAGAGGACAGCUCCAGCUGAACUGAUGCAUCUCAGCACCUGAUACCAGGCUCAGAGCUUCUGACAUGAAGAAGGACAUCGAGGCUAUAAUAGCCCAGGAGAAAGCAGAGAUCGUUGCCAAGUAUGAGAAGGGCCGGCAGGAGGGAGCUCAGAUUGACCCGUGGGAAGAUGCUGAUUUCACUCUGUACAAAGUCACAGACCGCUUUGGAUUCCUGCACGAGCAGGAGCUGCCAACCCGCACUGCCUUGGAGGAGAAGCAAAAGCAGCAGGAAAUUGAACGUGUGGACAAGUGGCUGAAGAUGCUGAAGAAAUGGAGCAAGUACAGGAACAGUGACAAGAUGUGCCGCCGCGUCUACAAAGGGCUCCCGCUGCAGGUGCGAGGCCAGGUCUGGGCACUGCUGCUGGACGUGGAGAGGAUGAAGAAGGAGAACGAAGGCAAAUACGAGCAAAUGAAGGAGCAGGCCAAGAGCUUCUCCUCCGAGAUCAAGCAGAUCGACCUGGACGUGAACCGAACCUUCCGCAACCACAUCAUGUUCCGGGAGCGCUACGGCCUCAAGCAGCAGGCCCUCUUCCAUGUCCUGACAGCCUACUCCAUCUACAACACUGAGGUGAGCUACUGCCAAGGGAUGAGCCAGAUUGCUGCCAUCCUGCUGAUGUACCUGAACGAGGAGGAUGCCUUCUGGGCCCUGGCCCAGCUGCUGACCAACCAGCGCCAUGCCAUGCACGGUUUUUUCAUCCCUGGGUUCCCAAAGCUGCAGAGGUUCCAGGCCCAUCACGAGCAGAUCCUCAGCAAGCUGUUUCCCAAGCUGAAGAAGCACCUGGACAAGGAGCAGAUGACCACAGGGAUUUACACCACCAAGUGGUUCCUGCAGUGCUUCAUCGACCGGACUCCCUUCACCCUCACCCUGCGCCUGUGGGACAUCUACAUCCUGGAAGGAGAGAGGGUCCUGACUGCCAUGGCCUACACCAUCCUCAAACUGCACAAAAAGCGCCUGCUGAAGAUGCCGCUGGAGGAGCUGCGGGAGUUCCUGCAGGAGCACACCGCCGCCUCCCUGCACUACGAGGACGAUGCAGUCAUCGAGCAGCUGCAGCUCUCCAUGACCGAGCUACGCAAGAUGAAGUUUGACCUGCCCCCACCAGCCAAACCGGAGGAGUUCCCCCGGAAGCCGCUGGGCCUGGAGCUCUCCCUCAACCCUGUGGGCACGAAGGGCACCGUGGCUGCCAACGGGCAGAACGGACGGGUGGGCGAGCAGCCCCUGGGGCACAGAGGCCCUGGGGCACCAGCAGCAGCAGUGCCAGCAGCAGCAGUGCCAGCAGCAGCAGCAGCAAGGACUGCCCCCCCGCAGGACAGCGAAGCAGCCGAAGCGACAGCUGCAGCCACCCAGCCGCAUCCCCCUGCCAGGGGCACCUUGGCAGAGGAGGCUCAAGUGGAGCCUGCUGCGGAUGGGCAGCUGAAGCCUGGCCAGACACAGGCACAUCACCCCCUGCUGCCCACAGCCCUGCCUCUGCAGCAACCUCUUCCUGCCAGCCAUGCCGUGCUGGGGCAGCAAGCAGUGCCCUCCCCCAGCCUGGCUGGCCUCUCGGACUGCUCUCCUCGCACCGCCUCAAGCCUUCCCGACCCCUGCCCCGCGGAGCUGCCAGCUGCAGGGCCAGCUGAGUGCCAGCCCAACCCUGAUGCCCUGCCAGCCACAUGGCCAGCCCCUCCCCUCUGCCAGGAGCAAGGCCUUGAUGUACUCGAGGGGGGUCCUCAUCCUCUGCCAGGCUGCCUGCAGCAGGAGACGCUGGGCCAGCCGCGGCGCCGGGCAGUGGUGCCCAGCAGAAGGGACUGGCAGCACUUGGCAUCCAAAGCUGCAUCCACGGGGGAGCUGAGCAGCCUGCAGCAGAGCCCGCCGCUGCCACAGGGCUUGGGGGGCAGCGUGCCUCUCCUGGCAGGCUGCCAGCCAGAGGUGGUUGAGCUGGGCCAGGGCAACCCUGACCAGCGGGCACAGUCGCCUGCCAGGGAGGGGAGCAGCCCCUAUGCCCUCAUCACAACCACCACCCCCCUCCACCUGGCCCACGCCACGGAGCAGGACUUCUCAAGCAGAAAGCAGGUGGCAUUGCCUCUGCCAGAGACUGGACAACCCCUGCCUGCCACCUCCCUGCCACCAGCCCUGGCACUGGAUGCCCCCAAAAGCCUCCAGCAAGCCUUCGAUGCACUGAGAGCCCCACGGCCCCCUCUGAGCCCCAAGCCCAAGCUGCCACCACAGGUUGCCAAGUCCUACUCAGAGAACAGCUUCCUGCCAGCCUCCUCUGCCCUGGACAAGCUACCCAAGUCGAUCACCUUCUAGUGAGGGCAGGGGGCAGGUGAGGCAGAGGCAGGGGGUGCUGGAGCUGCACCCUCCCACCGUGGGCAGGACCCCACUCAGCAGGGCUGUGUGGAGGUGCCAGCAGAGCAGCUUCGGUACGAGCACCCCAGCCAGGAGCUGCAGCAGUGCCCACCAGUGCCAGGGUGGGCAUCAGCAAGCUGAGGCUGCCCCUUUGCCAUGGACACGCUGGGCAAGUGCCUCACUCUGCUUCCUCACAGCUCCCCCAGCCGUGGCACACCUCAGGGGACAGCCAGGGCUAGUGAGGAUGUGGCAUGGCUUCGCCUUGCCCCUGCCUGGCAUGGGAUGUGAGAUGCUUUCUUUAGGUGCCCACUGCAGGCAGCCUGUGGUGGUGCUGCCAGAGGCCUCCACAGAGCUUCCCCUGGCAGCCCUGUGGCUGUGGGCAGCAGCACUUGGAGGCAGGGCAAGGCCACGGUGGUGGCUCCAGAGAGCAGAGCCUGGCUGGAGCCACCUCCUGCUGCCACGCUGGGUGGUGCCAUGGGGAUGGCUGGAGGUUGACCAGUUGGUGAGUCUCUGGGGCAUCUCCUGAGUGCCAGCCCAGCAAUGGGCAGCCAACAUUGGUAUUUAGCAGGGCUUUGCUUUAGCCUGGGUGGGGGGCACCUGGUGGGUAGCAGCAGCCCAUCUCUGGGUGGAUGGCAGUACCCUCAGCUUGUGUGCCAACCCCACACAUAGACUCCAGGUGGCACCAUGGCUGCUGGGCAGGAGGCACUAUGGCUGCUGUGGAGGUGGCACCAUGGCUGCUGGGCAGGUGACACUGGCUGCUGUGGAGGUGGCACCAUGACUGCUGGGCAGGUGGCACCACGGUGGCCAUGGAGGACACCCUUGCUGCAGUUAGUUUGGAUGUUUGGUAACCCUGCAACAGUUGGAGCUGUUUGUGUGCCCGGCCUGGGCAGUGGGUGAGGACUGGCAGCAGCUUCCUGCCCUCAGGAGCUGCCCAGAAGCACCUUAGGGCUGGUGGGCAGCUCUUGGCUUGGCAGGCAGGGGCUGGGCUGCUGCAGGCCUCCUCUUGAGGCACCUGAGCUGCUGUGCUGGGAAGCAGCUCCAGCUUGGAGUGAGUGGCACCAGGGAGCAGCUCCAGCUUGGAGUGAGGGGCACCAGGGAGCAGAUGCAGCUUGGAGUGAGGGGCACCAGGGAACAGCUCCAGCUUGGAGUGAGUGGCACCAGAGAGCAGCUCCAGCUUGGAGUGAGGGACACCAGGGAACAGCUCCAGCUUGGAGUGAGGGGCACCAGGGAGCAGCUGCAGCUUGGAGUGAGGGGCACCAGGGAGCAGCUGCAGCUUGGAGUGAGUGGCACCAGAGAGCAGCUCCAGCUUGGAGUGAGGGGCACCAGAGAGCAGCUCCAGCUUGGAGUGAGGGGCACCAGGGAGCAGCUGCAGCUCAGGGUGGGGAGCACCAGCUGGGGCCCAUCUGCAUUUUGGUAGCUGCUGUUGCUGCUGCUGUUUACAGCCUGGAAAGCUUCCUCCUGGCUCCUCAUCCAUCAGCAUUGUUACUUAAAACCCCAACAACUUUUUCAUGGCUGC